ACGAGAGGACCCGACAAACAUUGAAUGAACAUAUAUAUAUAUCUCUAGUUACUCUUUCUUACUCUAUAUAUAGAAGAGAUUCCGAAGAGGAGGAGAAGAAGAAGCUAAAGCAUUGAAGAAUGGUUUCUCGGAACAAGAGUGAUUCCUCUAUGCGUGAUAAGUUUCAAUUACUUCGUUCAGUCACUAACUCACAUGCUGAGAGCGAAACAUCGAUCAUAACAGAUGCAUCAAAGUAUAUCAAAAAUCUUAAGAAGAAAGUCGAAGAAAUCAACAAUGUGACCACGUCUGAGCAAUACUUCUGUGAUCCUACCGAUCCCAUGGUAACAGUGGAUACCCUAGAGAAUGGAUUCUUGAUAAAUAUAACGUCAAGGAAGAAUGAUGGGGGCAUGUUGGUUUGUCUUCUUGAAGCCUUUGAAAAUCUUGGACUUGACGUUGUUGAAGCUAGGGUUUCAUGUACAGACUCAUUUAGCAUGCAUGCUGUUGGUUCAUCAAAUAAUGAUGAUGGUGAAAGCAUGGAUGCUGAAGCAGUGAAACAGGCAGUUGAAGUAGCAGUCAGGACCCGGAGUGAUGGACAUGAACAAAAAUGGUAAAGACAAGCUCAGUGUUACUCUGGAUCCUCUCUCUCUAUAUAUAUAUACAUUUGUUUGACCUAAAAGAGGAUCUUAGCUAGACAUAUAUUGUAUGUCUCUCUAAUUAAUUAAAUGUAUAAGUGAAUUUCUUUGGCUUCAAAUUAAUAAUUAAAAUCUAUCACUAGUUUGUGAAACAUUGUGUAUAAAUGCAGAUCUCGGAAGAACACUUUUUUCUGUCUUCAAA